AUGGAAGAUUCCUCUCGAACCUUCGUUUCGCGGGCGAGCAGUACCGAUAAAGCAGAGACGAUGCUCAACGAAUUGAACGAAGCAGGGAAGAGAACAGGAUUGAGGAUAAAUGGAAAGAAGACACGGUUCUUGAAGACCGCCUAUUGCGAGGACGGAGGACAACUUGAAGGCUCCCAAAUUGUGGAAACUUCGUCAUACAUAUACCUCGAACGUCUUAUGAGUAUGGGUAACGAUUCAAAAGAAGAACUGAAAGGAAGAACGAGACCAGGGUGGGCAGCAUUCGCACCCGUCAGAGAAGCUACGGCUCGACUAAAUAGCAAUAUUUCGUCUUCGUGGGAGACUGCCGACAAGAUGGUGUGA